GCCCUGCGCUGCCACCGUCUCCGGGCGGAGCUGCACCCGGAGCCGCGACUGUGUUGAGAACGUGUGAAUGUCCGCGUGGACCAGGGCCGCGCGGGCCCCGCGCCUCCUACGGCUGGCUCCCGCGUCCUGCUGUGUAUGUUCGCUUCUUGUCACUGUGCGCCGAGAGGCAGAAGGACUAUGAAAAUGAUUCACUUUCGGAGCUCCAGUAUCAAAUCGCUCAACCAGGAGAUGAAAUGCACCAUUCGACUGCUGGACGACUCGGAGGUCUCCUGUCAUAUCCAGAGGGAAACGAAAGGGCAGUUUCUUAUUGAAUACAUCUGCAACUACUAUAGCUUGCUGGAGAAGGACUACUUUGGAAUUCGCUAUGUGGACCCAGAGAAGCAAAGGCACUGGCUUGAGCCUAACAAGUCCAUCUUCAAGCAAAUGAAAUCUCAUCCACCAUACACCAUGUGCUUUAGAGUGAAAUUCUACCCACAUGAACCCCUGAAGAUAAAAGAAGAGCUCACAAGGUAUCUUUUAUAUUUGCAAAUUAAAAGAGACAUUUUUCAUGGUCGACUGCUGUGUUCCUUUUCUGAUGCUGCCUAUCUGGGUGCUUGUAUCGUUCAAGCUGAGUUUGGUGACUACUAUCCUGAUGAGCAUCCUGAGAAUUACAUCAGUGAGUUUGAGAUUUUUCCCAAGCAGUCACAGAAGUUGGAAAGAAAAAUCAUGGAAAUUCAUAACAAUGAACUCAGAGGUCAGAGCCCAGCGAUGGCUGAAUUCAACUUACUCUUGAAAGCUCAUACAUUGGAAACUUAUGGGGUGGAUCCUCACCCAUGCAAGGAUUCAAGAGGUGCUACGGCAUUUUUAGGAUUCACUGCUGCCGGUUUUGUCGUAUUCCAGGGAAAUAAAAGAAUCCAUUUGAGAAAAUGGUCAGAAGUCUGCAAAUUGAAGUUUGAAGGGAAGACAUUUUAUGUUAUUGGCUCCCAGAAAGAGAAAAACGCUGUUUUGGCAUUCCAUACUUCAACACCAGCUGCCUGCAAACAUUUAUGGAAAUGUGGGGUAGAAAACCAAGCCUUUUAUAAGUAUGCAAAAUCCAGUCAGAUCAAGACUGUGUCAAGCAGCAAGAUAUUUUUUAAAGGAAGUAGAUUUCGAUACAGUGGUAAAGUUGCUAAAGAGGUUGUAGAGGCAAGCUCCAAAAUCCAGAGGGAUCCUCCUGAGGUGCACAGAGUCAACAUUACUCAGAGUCGCAGCUUUCACUCCUUGAACAAACAGCUCAUCAUCAACAUGGAACCUUUGCAGCCUCUGCUUCCUUCCCCCAUUGAACAAGAAGAAGACGUUCCUAUGGGUGAGGGUACCACAUUGCCUAAAAUGGAUGUGUCUGAGCCCCUAAUUGCCAGCUCACCAGUGAAGGGAGCUCAGUGUGCAGAUCCUCCAGAUGAAGACGAAGAUAGAGUAAAAGAAGACCCCUUGACCAUCUCGGAACUAGCAUACAAUCCCAGCGCCAGCCUGCUGCCUACCCCAGUGGAUGAUGAUGAAAUCAACAUGCUCUUUGACUGUCCGUCCCGGCUUGAAUUCGAAAGAGAAGACACGGAUUCAUUUGAGGAACUAGAGGCAGAUGAAAAUGCCUUUUUGAUGGCUGAAGAGGAGGAGCUGAAGGAAGCUCGCCAAGCUUUGUCAUGGAGCUAUUCCAUCCUGACCGGCCGUAUCUGGGUCAACCCUCUAGUCAAGAGUUUCUCCAGGCUCCUUGUGGUGGGCCUGGGACUGCUGCUGUUUGUAUUUCCCCUGCUCCUCCUCCUUUUGGAGUCAGGUAUUGAUCUCUCCUUCUUAUGCGAAAUCCGUCAGACACCAGAAUUUGAGCAGUUUCACUAUGAAUACUAUUGUCCCCUGAAGGAGUGGGUGGCUGGGAAGGUCAACAUCGUCCUCUACAUGCUGGGUUGUUCAUAAAAUUCAUAUCCUAUAAGACAAAGGGCUAUCUUCAAUACUAGUAUCAUUUUCGAUAGAUGCUAGGUUUUGAAUGGCCUUCAGUUGUCAAGAGGUACUCUUAGCUCUUGACUCUUAACUCUCUUAACUGACUGCUCAAACAUUGAAAUAAGUUUUCUGUACUUCGUUGAAUUUAAGUCAAUUUAAAUCAAAUACAGUACUUUGAGUUAUCCUUCAAAAAUGCAAUCAUGAAGUUAAAAAACAAAAAACCUUAUCAUACCAUAAUAAUUUAACACAUUGGAGUUAGGUAUUUCUGUUUCUUUAUUGUGAAGUAUAAUUAAAAUCAGAAUUUUAGGAAAAAUACGAGGGGAAUCUUUUUAAUAUAACCUUUGGUGAAAAUAAUGUCCUCUUACUAAUGCCUAUACGAAUAAGUUGAUGCUGAGUUUUUCUUUUAGUUUUUUUUUUAAAGAAAAUAUUUUUACGCGUUCUAACUAUUUUGGUAAAUUUUUAGCAAAAAAGAAGCUUUCUGGAAUUAUUUAAGUAUACCUACUGUAAAACCAAUGCACAUGGAAUUUUUUAAUGUUUUGGCACCUGAUUUUUUUAAAGAUAUUUUUUGGCUAACUAAUCCAUAAUUUAUUACCUGCAUAUGACUUUGAAAAAAAUGACAGUAAAAAAGUAUAGUAAAUUCUCAAAACAGAUGAUUGAACUAGAAGAUGUGAGCAUGAAGAAUAUUGAGUUGACAUUGUGUGGUCUAGUUUUCAGAGUUUGGACAUGAUAAUCUUAUAAUUUCAUUUGUGUCUGGUCCAUAUAUUUGGACUGGGGAAGCAGAGUGUUUUUAAAAGAAAUUAAAACUAAUUGUAACAGUAAA